GUGAUGUUUGAUGGCAGCUUCACUGGAUAGUAAACCAUUACUCCAGACUCCAGGGAUUGCACAAGUGAGGAUGGAUCUCAACAGGUUGCUUGCAAUGAUGAUGCUUUGCUGGAGACAGCCACCUGGCUUUUGAGGAGCUGGAUUAAGGCUCCCAAAUGAACUCCUGCCAUUUGUGAAAGAGAAACAUCACUUGGAUAUGUUCCCUUCUCUUAUCUCUCCCCCUGCUCAUGAGUGGGGACUGACUGGGGGCUGCUGCCCUAGAGGUGCAUCUAAUCCCUGUUUUACAAGUGGAUGAUCUGAAGAACAGAGGGAAGGAAUUAUUUGGCUCAGAUGGCAUCAAAAGGCAGAGCUGAGCCCAGGAGACCUGCACUUUCCUGGCUCACAGGCCACUGCCCUGCUGUGAACAGGUGUCCGUUGAUGCGUUGUAGGGCUCUGAAGAUGUCAAGCAGCAACACAACACAGGAGUCUCUGGAAAUAAUGAAGGAGUCUGAAAAAAAGGUGGUUGAGGAGUCUGUGAACAAAACCAAAUAUGUAUCCAGGUCACCAAGCAAGGAGGAGGUGGAGAAGGAUGGGGGGGAGGAGGUCAGUGUGCGCCAGGAAUCUCAGAGGCGAACUUCAAGUCACGGACAUGCCAGAAAAAGAGCCAAGUCUAAUUCAAAGCUUAAACUGGUCAGGAGUUUGGCUGUAUGUGAAGAAUCGUCUAGCCCCUUUGCAGAUGGGCUGCUGGAGUCCCAGGACAUCAUUCAGUUGCACGUUAGCUGCCCCUCUGACAAGGAAGAGGAAAAGUCCACGAAAGAUGGGGCUGAGAAAGAAGAAAAAGACAAGAAUAAAGAAAAAGCACCAAGGAAAAUGCUGUCUCGAGAUUCCAGCCAGGAAUAUACUGACUCCACUGGAAUAGAUUUGCAUGAAUUUUUAGUAAAUACGCUGAAAAAAAACCCACGGGAUAGAAUGAUGCUACUAAAGUUGGAACAGGAGAUUCUGGAAUUUAUUAGUGAUAACAACAAUCAGUUUAAGAAGUUCCCUCAGAUGACCUCAUACCAUAGGAUGCUGCUGCACCGGGUAGCUGCCUAUUUUGGCAUGGACCAUAACGUUGACCAAACUGGGAAGGCGGUUAUUAUCAACAAGACCAGUAACACAAGAAUCCCUGAGCAGAGAUUCUCUGAGCACAUCAAAGAUGAGAAGAAUGCAGAGUUCCCGCAGAGGUUUAUCCUAAAACGAGAUGAUACCAGCAUGGACCGUGACGAUAAUCAGAUCAGACUCCCCUUGCAGGAUGGGAGAAGGAGCAAAUCUAUAGAAGAGCGAGAGGAAGAGUAUCAGCGGGUCAGGGAGCGGAUAUUUGCACGAGAGACUGGCCAGAAUGGAUAUCUCACCGACAGCAGGGGCAACCGGGACAGUUUGAACCGGGCCUCAGGCAGCCGCCAGAGCAGCACAGAGAGUGAGAUAAAGUCACUGGAGCCUCGGCCGUGGAGCAGCACAGACUCAGAUGGCUCCAUCCGCAACCUGCGACCACCAGUUACCAAAGCCAGCAGCUUCAGUGGCAUCUCCAUCCUGACACGGGGGGACAGCAUCGGGAGUAGCAAAGGCAGCACUGCCAGCAGAACAUCCCGAGCAGGUACCAACUCUGCCAUGCCUUUCUCUGUUCAAGGUUUGGUACUAGGUGCCCCUGAAGCAUGCAGCCAAUCCCCUUCUUCACAGCCUAGCCGUGGCCUCCUACCCUGCACACCCCAGCAGCCUCAACCACAGCCACCCCAGCAGCCACCACCACAGCCCCAAGGACUUCCACCUGCAGCCCAGCAGCAGCCAGCCAUGAGUAACCACAUGAUAUCCCAGCCGGCCCCAGCGCUGCAGCCUGUUCAGUAUUCUCCAAGCUCCUGCCCCCAAGUCCUCUUGCCAGUCUCUCCGCCCCAGCAGUACAACUUGGCCGAUGAACUCAGCAACCCUUUUGGGCAGAUCAGCCUCAGCCGACAGGGCUCUACGGAAGCACCAGAUCCUUCCUCAGCUAUGUUCCAGUCAUCCCUCAUCUCCCAGCAUCCUCAGCAGACAGGAUUCAUCAUGGCAACCCCUGGGCAGCCUAUUCCCACCUCCAACUACUCCGCCUCAGGGCACACGGCCCCCACACAGCAGGUGCUGCAGCCCCAGGGCUACAUUCAGCCUCCCCAGCAAAUUCAGGUUUCUUACUACCCUCCUGGGCAGUACCCGAACUCCAGCCAGCAAUACCGAUCUCUUAGUCACCCAGUGGCCUACAGCUCCCAGCGCACUCAGCAGCUUCCCCAGCAGUCCCAGCAGCCUGGUUUACAGCCAAUGAUGUCCAACCAGCAGCAAACAUACCAAGGUGUAAUGGGGGUGCAGCAGGCACAGCCCCCGGGGCUCCUCAACGGCCAGAGGAACAGCAUGGGGGGCCAGAUGCAGAGUAUGAUGGGAGUGCAGCAGGCACAGCCUCCUGGCCUUCUCAGCAGCCAGAGGAGUGGUAUGGGGAGCCAGAUGCAAGGCCUGAUGGUGCAGUACACUCCACUGCCUUCGUACCAGGUUCCUGUGGCCAAUGAGUCCCAGAGUGUGGUCCAGCAGCCCUUCCAGCAGCCAGUGCUUGUGCCAGCCAGCCAGUCUGUUCAGGGGGGGCUUCAGGCUGGAGGGGUACCCAUCUACUACAGCGUCAUCCCAACUGCCCAGCAGAACGGCACCAGCCCUUCGGUGGGGUUCCUUCAGCCACCUGGCUCUGAACAGUAUCAGAUGCCACAGUCCCCAUCACCCUGCAGCCCACCACAGAUGCAGCAGCAGUAUUCAGGGGUGUCUCCUUCAGGUCCUGGCGUGGUUGUGAUGCAGCUGAAUGUACCCAACGGCCCCCAGGCCCCCCAGAAUCCCCCUGUGGUGCAGUGGAGCCACUGUAAGUACUACAGCCUGGACCAGCGGGGGCAGAAGCCAGGAGACCUGUACAACCCAGAUGCCAGUGCUCAGGCCAGCACCCAGCUGAACAGCCCCAUCACGUCCCCCACUCAAUCCCCGACACCGUCUCCCGUCACCAACCUCAACAGUGUCUGCACGGGGCUGAGCCCCCUCCCUGUCCUCACACAGUUCCCCCGGCCCAUGGGCCCAGCACAAGGUGAUGGGCGCUACUCAUUGCUGGGCCAGCCGCUGCAGUAUAAUCUGUCUAUCUGUCCCCCACCGCUGCUCCACAACCAGCCCAACUACAACGCACACCAGGGGCAGACUGGAAUGAAACACGGAAACCGGAGCAAGAGACAGACCCUCAAGUCAGCAUCCACUGACCUUGGGACAAGCGAUGUAGUGCUGGGCCGAGUGCUGGAGGUGACAGACCUGCCCGAGGGCAUCACGCGGACAGAGGCUGACAAACUCUUCACCCAGCUUGCGAUGGCUGGUGCCAAAAUCCAGUGGCUCAGAGAGACUCAGGGGCGCCGUGGAGAUGGGGGUGGCGGGGACAACAACGGGACUCCAGAGAAUGGCAGGCACAGUGACCUUGCUGCCUUAUAUACCAUCGUGGCCGUGUUCCCCAGCCCGCUGGCUGCCCAGAAUGCCUCCCUUCGCCUCAACAACUCCCUGAGCCGCUUCAAGCUGCGUGUGGCCAAAAAGAACUACGACUUGCGGGUGCUGGAGCGUGCGAGCUCACAGUAGGGCUCACGCAUGGGCACAGAGCACACUGGACUGCGGGCACUUCCCUCUACCUUCUCUUUUCCUUUCUGCCCUCCCUUCCUCUCGCCCUCCUUCCUGGAUAUAUUUAUAUGGACAUAAUUAAGAGACAAGAAAUUGAUUUUUUUUAUUAUUAUUAUUUUUGGAGUGAUGCCCGUGCCCACCCACCUUACCCUGUGUAUAUUGUUUUGUUAAGCACUGUGUUGAACCGCACAUACAGGUGUUGAUUGGUAUGUUCACUGCACAUUUUAUUUAAUCUGAUUAUUAUUUGGGGGGUAUUUUUUGUUUUGUUUUAUUUGGGGGGUUGUUUUUAAAUAUAAAAAGAAAACUUGUCCAUCGCUUUAA